CAAACUUACCUUUUGCUUAUAAUCGAAGCCAUUCUCAAUGGUUUACUGCUAAAAUGACGCUGUGUGCCCCUAGAACCUCUUAUUCGACGUGAAUCUUUGCGACUGAGACCGUAAGAGGAGUCCAGUGGUGCGCCGCUGCUCAGUCAUUGUUCGGCUCGGACUGAAUGAGAAACGGUGCUGUACUUUAUAUAUUUCUUUAACUCGCUCUGUUCAGAAGGUCGUUUUUGCUGGGUAGGACAUGAUUUAUGAUGGAAGGAACCUAAGAUAUUAUCUUAAUGCCCGAAAUACUACUAUCUUUGGUUUGUGUUCCGGGAAGCGAAAAGGGCGUUCACUUUGAACAAAACUAAGCUAGGCUCCUUUUAUUCUGGCGACACUAUUGCAAGGUUUUAUCGGCUAUCUUCAGCUUCAUGUAACAUCUUCCCCAUAGUGUAAUACAAAUAUAAAGGACAUUUCAUAUAGCAAGCUGUUCUUUGACGGUUUUGUGAAUCCCUCCUGUACACAGUAGGAGCCCAGUGGGCAGGUGUGUGCGUGCGCGUGCGUGCUUGUGUGACGUGAAACUGGGUGGCCGACAUUCCUCAGAAGGGUGCAGGUGUCUGAGUGCUGGCAAAUCUGACUCACUGAUCGUGGGAUUUUUGAAAUGCUGGUUUCAUAGGCUUGGUAACGCUACUACUUCAUUUGUCAAGGCAGCUGCACACACAGGAGUCAUGGACUGCAGGGGGGAGCUGGUUGAGAAGGCCAAACUGGCUGAGCAGGCUGAGCGCUAUGAUGACAUGGCUGAGGCCAUGAAGAAAGUGGUGGAGAGUGACCCAGUGCUCACUAAUGAAGAGCGCAACCUUUUCUCUGUUGCCUACAAGAAUGUGGUGGGGUGUAGGAGGUCUUCCUGGAGGGUGAUCUCCUGCAUGGAGCAGAAGUCGGAUGAUCAAAUCAAGCAGCAGUUCAUAAAGGACUACAGGGAAGAGAUUGAGAAGGAGCUGAAGAAGAUCUGCGAUGAAGUCCUGAAACUGCUGGACGACUAUCUGAUUCCCUCUGCAAAAGAAGCUGACAGCAAAGUCUUCUACCUGAAGAUGAAGGGAGACUACAACCGCUACCUGGCUGAGGUGGCCUGUGGGGAUGAUAGGAAAACUGUCUGCGAGUGUUCAGAAAAAGCCUACUGUGACGCCUUGGAUACCGCCAAAGAAAACAUGCCGCCAACACAUCCCAUCCGUCUAGGCCUUGCUCUCAACUUCUCUGUCUUCUUCUAUGAGAUCACCAGCUCACCUGAGAAAGCCUGCUGUCUGGCGAAAAAGGCCUUUGAUGAUGCCAUCGCUGAGCUGGAUUCCCUCAGCGGUGACUGCUACAAAGACAGCACCUUGAUCAUGCAGCUGCUCCGUGACAAUCUUACUCUCUGGACAUCUGACAACCAGGGGGAGGCUGAAUGUGAACAAGAGGAGACGGAGCAGGCAGCGGAGAAAAAGUGAACUUCAGGGGGAAUUGAGAAAAAAAUAAAGGAAAAAACAGAAA